AAGAAAAUGCCACUCACGGGAUUCCGUAGGCAAACACUGAUGACGAAAAGGUCUCCUCAAACCAGUAACGCUAGCAUUCAGAGCCAUCUACAGCAACAUCUCACUAUAUUUUAGUCAGCAGUAUCUUUAAUACUCAUCUUUGAAUUACAUUGUCAGCUAGUGGGGACCAGAUGGCUGCGAAAAUCAACGAGGCGCACGACCACAUUGCCAAGGCUGAAAAAUAUUUAAGGACCAGCUUCAUGAAAUGGAAGCCUGACUAUGACAGUGCUGCAUCAGAGUACUCAAAAGCAGCUGUUGCCUUUAAAAAUGCCAAGAUGCUUGAAGAAGCAAAGGAGGCAUACCUGCAAGAGGCAGAGGCCCAUACCAACAACAAAACACUAUUCCAUGCUGCCAAAGCACUUGAGGCAGCUGGUAUGAUGCUUAAGGACAUGCAGAGGAUACCAGAGGCUAUCCAGUAUAUUGAGAGAGCAAGCAUGAUGUAUGUAGAGAACGGCACACCGGACACUGCAGCCUUGGCCCUCGACAGAGCUGGAAAGCUAAUCGAAUCACAGGAUCUAGCAAAAGCAGUGGAUCUGUACCAGAAAGCUGCAUCAGUGUUUGAGAAUGAGGACCGUCUACGUCAAGCUGUAGAGAUGCUGGGGAAAUCAUCAAGACUGCUCGUCAGGCAACACAAGCUUGAUGAAGCAGCAGUGUCGAUUCAAAAGGAGAAGAACAUGUAUAAAGAAAUAGAGAAUUACCCAACGUGUUUUAAGAAAACCAUUGCCCAAGUGCUAGUCCACCUUCACAGAAAUGACUUCGUAGCAGCAGAUAAAUGUGUUCGAGAGAGUUACAGUCUGCCAGGCUUCAGUGGGAGCGAGGACUGUAUUGGCUUGGAGCAGCUCUUACAGGGCUACGACGAGCGGGAUGAGGAACAAGUGCAGCGCGUCUGUAACUCGCCCUUAUUCAAGUACAUGGACAACGAUUAUGCCAAGUUGUCCGUCAGCCUGAGGGUUCCAGGGGGUGGUAAGAAGAAGAAGGCGCCAGCUGCCGAUGCUGGGGAAGGAGGAGCGGGGGCCGGAGAGGCUGACGAGGAUGAGUACGCCGGUGGGCUAUGUUAGCCACAGAACCUGGACUUCCUGCCUGGACCAGAACACUUCCUGUUGCCUGUUAGGAAGGGAGUUGGAAUCUUCCACAGCCUGUCCUCACAUUCUGAGCAUGUCAGGGGGUCGUGAACUCUGCCUUCCCCUCCCAUUGCCAGAAUCCAAGCAACAACUGUAGGCACUCGGACCAUCAAGCAUAAUGAGUUAUGUUCAGAACAUAAGCAUGGUAAUAUAUAACAUCGGUGUGGAAAAUAAUCAUACACUACUCAAUGAUUUGAAUAUGUAUUAUUAGUCCCUUUUGGGUUUACUGUCAUUGUAAAAUAUUGUAUAUUUUGCUACAUUUAAAGUGAUAUGAAACAUUAAAUUGCUUUUGUUGUAUUUGCCUCAGUGGAUAUACCAUCAAUGUUUUUAUCUUUCAAUCUACAACAGCAUGCAACAAGAUACAGUGUGAAAAUAUGGAUUUGAACAUUCAACUUACAAUAUAAAAACUCUGUGCCUCAAUAAUUUAUGUGUAAAGGGGUAGAUGAAUCAAUUUCUGAAUUUCUAUAGUAUGAAGUGUUAAAAACAGCUAUUUCAGUUCCUAUUGGCUGUGUGAAGGCUACACUCUUAUAUGGAAUCAAAUGAAUGUUGAGAAAAAUGGGUAUAUUGUGAUUGUUAUUUUUUGUUUGUUCAGGAUUUCAGAAUGCCUUUUUAGUUUUCAUAUGGCAAUGUUUCUUAACCAACUGAAAGCUAGAAAUUAUGAUUCCUGCUUACAACUAAUCUUAAAAUGUGUGUCAAGUGUUGUGGAGCAUGCAGGUUGGAUGUUUGUGGCAUGCCCUCUGUGUUUUUACUGAAUCAAGUCAGAAUGGAAUAAAAUGGCAGCACGUCAGCUUUCAAA